AUGUCUACUGCUCCUAGUCUUAGCUUUUCGAUCAGCAACAAACGUAAACAAAUCUUAAUAUGUGAUGGAUUUAUUUUUCAAUUAAACCGUACUCGACCAAGGUUGAAGUACUGGCGAUGUAAAGAUCGAACUUGUUCAGCUUAUAUUCAUACGGAUCACAAGAAUCAAUAUGUUGGUAAAUCUGGCGAUCAUAAUUUACAUUUACCAGUGCCUGAACAAGUCGAAGUUGCACUAUUUAAAGAAAAGGUGAAAGAACGAGUUUUGAAAGAAACAACGGCUAUUGGAAAGAUUUACGAUAAGGAAAUGGCUUCUCUUACUCUAAGUGACGGUGCUCUUAAUUUAAUUCCAUUGCCAGAAGAAGCAAAAGCAUCGCUUAAUCGUUUACGACGGCAAACAACACCACCAUUACCAACAUCGUCUUUUUUCGAUGUUCCCGAUGCUUAUUCAACGACAACCACUGGUGCACAUUUUUUAUUUAGUGACACAGUUGUUCGAAAGAAGCGCGUGAUAUUGUUUGCAACAGAUGAGCAAUUACGUAUGCUUUUUUCAACAAAAACUAUUAUGAUCGAUGGAACAUUUUCGGCAUGUGUACCACAGUUCGAUCAAGUGUUUUCAUUGCAUUGCGUGAAAUUUUCCAUGUGCUAUUGGGUUGUUGCCUGGUCGGACUGCUACAAUAUACAAGCAUGUCUUCGAGGUAUUGGAUGCAGCAGCUCAACGUCUUAA